UUGAAGGAGAGGGGAAACCGUGCAUGGGAGAUCACCAGAGCUGACUUGAGCGCACAGCAAGGCAGUGGAAUCAUUACUCAAUGAAAAUUGAAGUAUUGAGCCAUGCAGAAUGACAAAUGCUUGUUUAAAAAGGUUAAAGACCCGUUUUCUGUCUUGUGUAAUGAUGCGUGACAACGGUAUGAGGAUAACCUUGAUAAGUUCAACGACAAUGCUCCAAUUUUGGGGUGUUAUGAUUAUGAAACUGCUACACUUUUCAGCAUUCAGGAAAUAGGCUUAUAGAGAACAGUUAGGCUACUCAACGUAAGGAAAAGCAGUAUGCUGACAACAUUUUGCUCCUUGCUCACCGAACAGGACAGCGACUCAUGGGAUGUAGUGUGGGCUGUAGAACAAGGCUCAACUUUGGAAAGGCGCUGUCCAAAGUAUCCGUGUGUUUUACCAUGGUCGUGAUUUUCACCUAUUUCUUCUACUGUCUUACCGGAUUAUGUGACUCCGCGCCGAGACAGAUGUUCGACCAUCACACUGUAAACAGAGACUAUGAUAUAUCGGACCGUACGUACGACAACCUGCGACCGUCAGCUCGACUCUAUCCUCACCAGCCGGGCGCACCGACUCCCUGGAACAGGACAGACACUUCAACGGGCGCCGCGCUCCACCUUGCAGACGAACAGGUCGCCAAGCUACAGUGGGUUGAAGGCGGACUGCUCCCACAAGAGAUACCGGAGAGCACCAAGGAAAAUCUAGCUGCUAACGGCAUCCCGGUGUCCAACACAUUUGAGAGUAAGAAGUUCCCACAAGCCAUCAUAAUCGGUGUGAAGAAAGGCGGAACGCGCGCUCUGCUGGAGUUCCUACGGAUUCAUCCGGACGUGAGAGCUGUCGGGGCAGAACCUCACUUUUUCGACAGGUUCUACGAGAAAGGCCUUGAGUGGUACAGGAACCUGAUGCCUCGGACCCUGGAAGGUCAGAUCACCAUGGAGAAGACGCCCAGCUACUUUGUGACCAAGGAGGCUCCUCGUCGCCUCUGCACCAUGAACUGCCACACUAAGCUCAUUGUAGUCGUCCGCGACCCCGUGACCCGGGCAAUCUCCGACUAUACCCAGACGCUGUCCAAACAACCCGGCCUCCCCUCUUUCCAGAGCCUGGCCCUCAAGAAUACCUCUACGGGAUUGGUCGACACCUCGUGGAGCGCCGUGCGCAUCGGCCUGUACGCCAAGCACCUGGAGAACUGGCUCCAGCACUUCCCCUUAUCUCACUUCCUGUUCGUCAGCGGCGAGCGGCUGGUGUCCGACCCGGCGGGGGAGAUGGGCCGGGUACAGGACUUCCUGGGUCUGAAGAGGGUGGUGAGUGACAAGCACUUUUACUUCAACCAGACGAAGGGAUUCCCCUGUCUGAAGAAGCCAGAGGGAAGCAGCAGGCCCCGGUGUCUGGGGAAGUCCAAAGGAAGGCCUCAUCCACAGAUCUCACCAGAGGUACUGCAGAGGCUCAGGGACUUCUACAGGCCAUUCAACCUCAGGUUCUCCCGGAUGACAGGACAAGACUUUGGAUGGGACUGAGCCGUCCACCAAUGUUACAUGGAAAUCAAGCCAAAGGAUGAAAAGGAUUACUUUAAACCAUGUGGAGAGGACACUGCUUUCAUCAAGACAGGAAACACAAGACUGACAUAUUACUUUAAACCAUGUGGAGAGGACACUGCUUUCAUCAAGACAGGAAACACAAGACUGACAUAUUACUUUAAACCAUGUGGAGAGGACACUGCUUUCAUCAAGACAGGAAACACAAGACUGACAUAUUACUUUAAACCAUGUGGAGAGGACACUGCUUUCAUCAAGACAGGAAACACAAGACUGACAUUACAUUUGUCAAUGAGGGAACAGGGGUUCUAGGUUACCACUUUGACUUGUGACAUGGUAUGCAUUAUACAAAAUGUUGGCAUUUUUUGGUAUUUUAUGGAACAAUGAUAUAAAGCUGUCGUUUAUAGUUUCAGUUACAGUAUGUGUAUGUUGCUACAUGUAAGAAUAAUGUAAGAACUCAUUGUUUUGCCAGUGUAAAGUACAUGAACCAGGAGAUCAUGAUACAUGUCACACAGUAAGUAGACCAAAGGACAGUGAUGACUUGAUACCUCUGUGUGAGGAGACUCAUGUUACAAUGGAUUAUACAAAGGAUUAUAACCAACCUGUUUCUGACCAGCGUGUGUGCGUGUGUGUGUGUGUGUGUGUGUGUGUGUGUGUGUGUGUGUGUGUGUGUGUGUGUGUGUGUGUGUGUGUGUGUGUGUGUGUGUGUGUGUGUGUGCAUGUUUAAGAUACCGUAAGAAAAGUGUAUUUAUUGCAAUAAGUGUACGUAGCUUUAAUUAUUCUUGUGACCACCCAACUAAGCAACAAAACAUUUCUUUAUCAGGGUUGACAAUCCUUUUCUUUUGACUUGUGUUUUCAAUGGUACUGUAGAUAUAAAAACCAAAUGUGUAACUAUCUAUCAUUAUCUGUCAAGUCAAUCUAAUACCAGACCCUGUUUACAGCAUUUCCAUUGGGACAGUAUUACAUUGGGACAGCAUUUCCAUUGGGACAGUAUUACAUUGGGACAGUAUUCCAUUGGAUGAUGAACCUCUAUUAUAAAGACUUUGUACACAUAAUCCUUUUUCUUCUCCUUGGGUAAAGAGCUAAUUAUGAUGUGAUACUUAUUUCACCUUUUAACGCAAAGUUAUUUAAGCCUCAUUUAAAAUGAUGCUCUUACUUGCAAACCUUUGAUGCAUCCAACAUUGAUACCUCACUUAGGGUACAGGCAAACGAAACAGAUUUGUAUGUAUAGUUUACCCUUCAAUGAUGAAACGCAAUGUACAAUGAGUAUCAUUAUCUUGACGUUACCAGUUCACUUAACUCUACCAGGUCAUUUGUAAAUGUCAUGCUUAAAGAUUAUGUUUGUCAAAGUUUAUUUCCUUUCAAUUCAUAUUACUCUGUAAAAAUGUUCUAUUAAACCAUACUGAAGUUUACAACACUAUUGUACAUAGUGAAAUGAGAUGUUGAGAUGUUUAGUAAAGCUUCAUUUGAAAUGAA